AAAAAUACGUCACAUACAACACCAACACACAUCUAAUCAUCAUAUAUUCAAUCGUGUGAUUUUCGAAGAAUGACAUUUAAAAAUUUGUAGUUUUUAACAAAAUAAAUCGCGAUUAAUUCGAUUAAAAAAGUGUUGAGAGGUUUUUUUUUUUUUUGAAAAUUGACGCGCUAAACGAGAAUCAUUUAUUUAUGGAUUUGUGAAUAAAAAGCCAAAGGCAAACAUUUAUUAUGGACGUCGAUAAUGAAUUGGAUCAAAAUCUGCUUCACCAAUUUAGUUGUCUUGGUACGACGGACAAAGACGACCUGGUGAAGCAACUUCAACGAUUACUUGCUGGUAGUCAUCUCAAUGAAACAACUGCAACAUUCUUCUUGGAUAUGAAUAAUUGGAAUCUCCAAGCAGCGAUAUGCAGCUAUUUGGAUUAUGAAGUACCGACUAAAUUACCGUGUAUGUCAUUAUUGUGUGAUUCAACAAUUGGCGAAGGCGAAUCAGUCCCGCCAAAUACAAAAUUUCGUAAAUCAUGGCGCAUACAAAAUAGCGGUACAGAAAUGUGGCCCGAGGGAAUUUGUUUACAUCAUACGGGCGGUGCUGUAAUGGGCUGUACAAGUGUACCUGUUCCUUCUUUAGCAUCAAAAGAUAGUAUGGAACUUAACGUAACAUUAACAAGUCCAAAUGAAGUUGGCCUAUUUCAGAGUAAAUGGAGAAUGAUGACAACUAACGGUUGUUAUUUUGGGGAUAUAAUAUGGGUGAUAAUAACUGUCAGUGAAAGUGGAACUUUGGCUGUAACUCAGCAGUUGCAUCAAUUAAGUACUUCAGCCAAUGAUGCCCAGAUGUGCUAGCCUUCGUUUUUUUUAUCGACAACAUGCCAUUUGCUCUCUGUAUUUUUUUGUUUUUACAGAGAAUGUUUUUUUUCUCCUUACUCUCUCUCUCUCUCUGUCUCUCACACUUAUUUUUUUUUUUUAAUCACAAAAAAAUUGAAACAAUCAGAAAAAAUUUAAAUUGAGAAUUUAAAAAAAAAAAAAAACGUAAAAUUAUUCGAGUCUAUAUUAUAAUAAUUCGUAUAUAUUAUAUAUACAGUCACAAAAAAAAAUUAGAAUGAAAGAAAAAUUAAUAAAAAUUAUUUAAAAUUAAUCUUUAUAAUCUUUAUAAUAAUGGAUAUUAUAUAUAUAUAUUAUUAUUAUUAUUAUAAACAGUACGUUGUCGAAGCUACGCUUCUUCCAAUUUAAAUUUUAACGAAAAAAAAAGUAAUCUAUAGAUUAAUUAUACGUCGGUCACGAAUUCCGCUCAAAUUAUGUUACGUAGUUUUUUUUGUCCUUUCUUCUUCUUCUUCUUGUUCUUUCCUCUUUUAUUAUUGUAAUUAAACAACGAUAGGGGGAAAUUUAUUGAUACGCGGUUUUCAUAAAUAAAAAAUAAAAUUAAGCAAAAAAAAAAAAAAAUAUGAAGAAAACACACGGCCUUGAAACAUCGAGUGUAUAUACACAGAGUUUCUUAAAAUAAUGUUACAUUAUUUCGGAUUUAUUAUUAUAAUUAUUAUUAUUAUUGAAAAGAAACAAAAAAUUCCUUCAUACAAUGUUGUGUUUUUGAAGGCAAUUAUGAUAAUAAUUAAUAAAUUGAAGAAAAAAAACAGUAGGAUUAUUAUUAUAGAUGAUAGAUAAAAAAAAAUAAAUGAAAAAUUAUGUCAUUUAGUAA